AUGCAUAUGCUUGAAAAUUAUAAGUCUUUUCAACAACUGCAAUCUUUUCUUGAAACAUUGAGUGCGACUAAGCCACACUACAUUCGUUGUGUAAAGCCAAAUAAUCUUCUUAAGCCGGGGAUAUUUGAGAACAACGAUGUGUUACAGCAGCUUCGAUGUGGGGGUGUAAUGGAGGCAAUUAGGAUAAGUUGCGCUGGAUAUCCAACUCGAAAGAACUUUGAUGAAUUUGUUCAUCGGUUUCGUAUAAUGGAACCUAAGGUUCUAAAAUCAUGUCCUGAUGAGAUGACGGCUUGCAAGAGACUUCUAGAUAAAGCAAACCUUAAAGAUUAUCAGAUAGGAAAGACAAAAGUUUUCCUGAGAGCAGGUCAAAUGGCAGAACUAGAUGCAUGUCGUGCCGAGGUCCUAGGAAGAUCCGCAAUCGUUAUUCAGAAAAAAGCUCGCACAUAUAUUUGUGAGAAACAGUACAAGUUAUUGCGAUUUUCUGCCAUAGAACUACAAAGGGCUAUUAAAGGACAACUUGCAAGACGUCGGUAUGAAUGCAUGAGAAGGGAGGCCACAUCUUUGAUAAUCCAGAAACAAAUCCGCAUGUAUCUUUCGAGAAGUGCUUAUAAAACUACCUAUUCCAAAGCUGUUUGUAUUCAAACCGGCAUGCGAGGAAUGGCUGCUAGAAAUGAACUUCGAUUCAGGAAGCGGACCCUAAGAAGACUGCGGCUAGCAAAAAAACAUACAUCUCAGAGAUGCUUUUGCUACUUAGUUUUAUUUCUUUUUAAGUUAUGAAUUGGUUGUAUAUUUAGAAUCUUUAGAAGUUAAAC